UUCAAAAUGAAGAUAUUUAAAUGGACUUUGGGUGUACUGCUGUUCCUGCUGUUGUCUAUCGGGCGCUGUACAGAACAAUCUAAGCCUAAUAAAACAUCCCAACGGAGGCACCCUCGUUCAGCAGAUGGUGGAGAGGAAGGGAAAAAAUGUGGUUACACAUUCUUGGUCCCAGAACAAAAAAUCACAGGGCCAAUUUGCGUGAAUACUAAUGGACCAAGUACUGGUAACAGAAAAGAUGAAGUCACAAGAAUGGACAUAGAGAACUUGAAGGAUGUGCUGUCCAAGCAGAAGCGGGAGAUUGACAUUUUGCAAUUGGUAGUGGAUGUGGAUGGAAACAUUGUGAAUGAAGUAAAAUUACUGAGGAAAGAAAGUCGUAACAUGAACUCUCGGGUCACCCAACUGUAUAUGCAACUCUUGCAUGAGAUAAUUCGAAAGCGUGAUAACUCACUUGAGCUUUCCCAACUGGAAAACAAAGUCCUUAAUGUUACAACAGAAAUGUUGAAGAUGGCAACGAAAUACAAGGAGCUUGAAGUAAAAUAUGCAGCACUAACUGAUCUUGUAAAUAAUCAGUCUGUGACUAUCUCACUGCUGGAAGAGCAGUGCUUGAGAAUCUUCUCACGACAGGACACCCAUGGGUCUCCACCGCUUGUUCAAGUCGUGCCACAGCACAUUCCUAACAGCCAGCCAUACACUCCUGUUCUUCUGGGAGGUAACGAGAUACAGCGAGACCCGGGUUACCCUAGAGACAGAGAUGUAAGGCCACCACCUGAUCCAGCUACUUCUCCUACAAAGAGUCCUUUCAGAGUACCACCACUGGCUUUAAUUAAUGAGGGUCCAUUCAAAGACUGCCAACAAGCCAAGGAAGCUGGGCAUUCCAACAGUGGGAUUUAUAUGAUUAAACCUGAAAACAGUAAUGAGCCGAUGCAACUAUGGUGUGAGAACAGCCUGGACCCUGGAGGAUGGGCAGUUAUUCAGAAGAGGACAGAUGGAUCCGUCAACUUUUUCAGGAACUGGGACAGUUACAAGAAAGGAUUUGGAAACAUUGAUGGAGAGUACUGGCUGGGACUAGAAAAUAUUUACAUGCUUACCAAUCAGGAUAAUUACAGACUAUUGAUUGAGUUAGAGGACUGGAGCAAUAAGAAAGUCUACGCAGAAUACAGCAGUUUCCGCCUGGAGCCUGAAAGCGAGUUCUACAGGCUACGCUUAGGAACAUACCAAGGAAACGCAGGCGAUUCCAUGAUAUGGCAUAAUGGAAAGCAAUUUACAACACUGGAUAGAGACAGGGAUAUGUAUUCAGGAAACUGUGCUCACUUUCACAAAGGUGGCUGGUGGUACAACGCAUGUGCCCAUUCUAACCUUAAUGGGGUGUGGUACAGAGGUGGCCACUACAGGAGCAAGUAUCAGGAUGGAAUAUUUUGGGCUGAGUACCGGGGAGGUUCCUACUCCUUGAAAGCAGUUCAAAUGAUGAUCAGACCUAUAGACUGA